AUGGUUCAGUGUCAUCCACCGUUGGAGCUAGAGGAAUUACCAAAAGAAGACGAAGAAAGAUUAGAAACACUUUUUUCUAAAUUAGACACCGAUGGAAAUGGGAAGAUUGACAUCCAUGACCUGUCCGUGGCGCUCAAGGAGUUGGCUCCGCACAUUAACCGGAAUGCGAAAAGAAUAUUUUCAGGAAAUUCUGCAAUUGCAGACACCGGUGCGAAUCUCUUAACAUAUCUUAAGGUGCAACACGAACUAGCUAAGGCUAGAAAUUCCUGGCGAAGUCUGGUUGGAAGGGUGGUUGACGUGACGCUGUCUGAGUUCAUCCACUACGUGCGCGAGCACGAGAAGAAUCUUAAACUCCAAUUCUCUCAUAUUGACAAGAAUAAAGAUGGAAAAGUUGAUCUGGAGGAGCUUAUUUCAGCUUUCGCCGACCUUGGUAUCGCAAUAGGCAGAACGAAGCCACUAAUUUAUUAA